AAGCGCGCGAGCGGGCCUAGUUCUCGAGAGAUGUCAGAUGUAUUGCUUGUCGAACCUCGUUGUGUAAUCGUUAGUUAUUAUUAUUAUUAUUAUUGUUAUUAAUCGCCGUGAGAAAGGGACUGCCCCACCGACGUGCACCGUGACGCAUGCUUGAUCGUACAGCAUGACAUCGCGAUCCUGGCGGUCGACGAUCGUCUCGUGAGCAAAUGCCCGUGAUGUUAUCUUGCUCGAUCACGAAAUAUCGAUGCCAAUGUCGUUGUCGAUAAGCUUCCGAUACGACGGCUGUUAUUGCUCGGAAUAGCGAUGAGCGGAAAGUACAGUCCAGGAAAGAUCACCUUGGGGAUGAUAAAAGGCAAACUGAUUACCACGUCGGUGCCAGUGAUCCAUUAUCGAGCCAAUGACGACGAACUGGAGGAGCUUUAUCCGAGCUCCUCCGAUGAGGACAAACGUCUCACUCCGGAGUCUGACAAGAGGAUACCACCGAGUCCCUCCAAGAGCAGCGAGAAUGGCCAAGGGAUGGAGAACGAGGCGGAAAACAUGCUCGAGGAUACCCCGCCGUCCUCGGAUCCCUGGAAAGUGCUGUCCGACAUCAAGGGUAAGAUCACAAAGACAUUUGAGGAGAAGCUCUCUGAGAUGAAAAGCGAUAGGAAGAAGAGGAGACGCAACAAGGACAAUUCCAGUCUCAGUGACUCGGAGGAUCCAGGAGACAUCACGCCGACCGACGAGAACAUUAAUGACAAGCAGGAAAAAGAAGCGGGCGCUCGCGGUAAGGGGAAUGCCGGAAGAUUCGUGGGCUUCUCGCAGGUGAAAACCGGCCUGAAAACGAAAAACUCUCAGGAUGACAGCGUGGAGAGCGGCGUGGAAGCCGCUGAGUUUUCCGAGCUCAUGCCCGAACCGCUGCCUUUUGAAUCGUAUGAUGAUUUUCAUGAAGAUAAGAGAAACGACACGUGCAGCUUUUUCGGCCAGCCGGAUGAAUCUGCGCAAAUGAAACAAGUAAAAUUCAGCGCGUUAUUCUCCGGCAUGAAAGAUUACAUGUUUCAACAGCUGACGAAGCAAUUGGCUGCGCUGCUGAUCCUCGUAUUUGCCUUUUGCUUCCUCAUCCCAUUGCCUGCUCACUUGGUUGGUUUUUCUAUAGGAGUCUUCGUCACAAUGACGAUCUAUAAGCUGGUACAGAGGAUCAAGGAAAUCUUAGCAACGCCAUUAAAUAAAGAGCCUGCACAUGUAAUAGUUCCUGUACUAGAGAUACCAGCAGCAGAAGAGCAUGCGGUUCAGGAGAGAUACGAAGGAUGGCUGAACGAGCUGCCAUAUACUUAUGAUCCUCACAAUUAUCAUGUGGCACGUACAAAGUCGGUUUUCUUUAGUCUAGAAGGUGGGAUUCUACGUGUUAUGGAGACGAGAAUGAAAGUACCAAAGAGAGCAGUGUGGGAUGAGCCGAAGCGAAAAUAUAAGUUCACCAAAAAACGGGUGUACAAUCUCGCUAGUGCAAAAGUAGAAUUGUUGCCGGAAGGGCUCACACGAAGAAGGAGAUGGAGUAAGAAAUAUCCAAUUUGCAUCACGGUGGAUCAAGGAGCGUUAAUAGACAGCGCAAGUUUGAGCGACUGGACAGAUCUCGGUAAAGAAUCCUUCGAGGAUGAGAAAAAAAUUAGUCCGGUAGAAGGAGCUAGUCAGGAAUUAGUCGAGGAGAAUACCAUGGGCGAAGAAACAAAAAGCGAAGAUGAGGAUUCUAGAUUGGAAUUUUUUAAGGACAACGAGGAAGACGAGUUUAAGAUCGAUGAAGACGAGGACGACGACGAUAUAUCACAAUCCAAAUCUAUUAGGAGUAUAUACGAGGACUGUCGCGACAAUGAGGAGGUUACUAAGUGCAAACUUUAUGUGUUCGCACGGGCUGACCGAGAAAAGGAAGAUUGGUUUCGAAGAUUAAUAUCAGCGGCGUCUCUUUCGAGAAAGCGACAUUCCAUUUGUUCUGUAAAUGAUUCCGUAUCCUGUGCGAAUGCGAUCUCUGUGCAGCCAGAGGUAACAGAAAUAAAAUCAUCUGAGACAUCUCCCGAGAUCACUUACAAUACCUAUAUGAGCAAGUACCUGAACGUGGAUCCUGAAGGUUCUCCGAGGGAGAACGAUGUUCUUUGGACAAAUUGCCUUCUCGAACGGCUGUUGUUCGAUAUGCAUAGUUGUCCAGAAACGAUCAAUCUCAUUCAAGACAAAAUACAACGUAAACUUUCUAACAUAAAGCUUCCAUACUUCAUGGAAAGCCUUCUCGUAACAGAAUUAGUUGUCGCACAGGACGCUCCGAUGAUUCACAAAAUCACUAAGCCGACACUUGAUGAACGCGGACUCUGGUUCGAUCUGAACAUCAUUUAUAAGGGCAGUGUGACAAUGACUGUAGAGACAAAGCUGAAUCUAAUGAAGCUAACGCGUGCGAACAGCGUUCCUAGCGAUAUCGUUGAUGAGAAAUCCGUUCCUAUCAGAUCACCGAUAUUCGACAGCGAUGUAGAGGAUAGCCCAGAGACAUCCACCGAAGACGAAGAUGUUGGAAAUGUCGCGUCGUAUGUCACAUCUAAAGAGACCACACCAGUACAAUCAUCUGGCAAGAAGUUUCUUAGCAUGGUCGACAAGCUGACGGCUAACAAAUAUUUCCGACACGCUACGGAGUUGUCCUAUAUACGAAGAGCGAUGGAGGGUGUUUCGAACACGGAGAUCCGCUUCAUGGUCAGCGUAUCCAGCAUCGAGGGCAAUCUAUUGGUGAACAUUCCUCCACCGCCCUCCGAUCGGCUUUGGUAUGGUUUCAAGCCGGUGCCGAAAGUCGCUCUCACCGUUCAACCAACUCUCGGCGAGAGAACUGUUAACAUCGUGUACGUGAGCAACUGGAUCGAAAAUAAGUUGCUCAGGGAAUUCGAGAAGCUAGUCGUUCUACCAAACAUGGACGAUCUGGUCCUAUCGUUCUGUCCAAAUUAUCCCUUUGUCUCGACGUAAACGAAUCUUGCGUCGGCCAAAACAAUCUCCUGCUUUUAUAUGUCUGUUAUAUUUCUGUUCAUACUUUUUUGUGUUUUACAAUGUUUUUAACAUCGCAUUAAUCGAUGUUAAAAAUGUUGUUCAUAAAAAAAAGUUAUAUUUUUCUUCAUCAACAGUGAUUCAUUUCAUUGAAAUCAUUUCAAAACUAGUCUGCGGAAAAAGAUUUUCGAAUAAUGUUAAUUGUUUUACACGAUUUUUUUAACAUUAUUGUAUUAUUUGUCGCAAGGAAUUAUUUAUCAGUCAGUGUAUAGCAUCUACAAGAAAGCGGGAGGAAUGAUUGUGAUAUAUUAGUAUAUAUGUAUGUUACCUUAUAUUUAUAAAAUUUAAUGAAAAAGAGGCAGGAGAGAUAAAGUUUCUUACGAGUGAGCAUUAUUUUUAUUAGAGUAUGUAAAAAAUAGUGAACGUUAAGGAUAUAGAAGGGAGCAAGGCAGUUUAAUUAAAAUUAAGUAUAGCGCUCGCUGUUUAUUUAGUUACGUAAUUAUAACCAUUUCAAAUUGGGAUUGAAUUAAUGCUGGCACCGAAAAAAAA